AUGCGUUGUGGCGUCCUUAAUACGUUGGCCAUAGGUCUUGCUGGUCUUCAUGUUUCUUUUGCGAGCGUUUGUAAACCGAGGUCUUCAGCAUCGGGCUUUUCAUCCAUCGAAUCCGUAACUGAAUCAGCAACAUCAAGCUUGACCAUAUCAUCAGUUUCUUCCGCUGCUAUUACUAGUACCGCGACAGACGCUAUCAGUAACGAAGCCACGACAAUCGCUGAAUCCGCCUCCACCUUGGAGAUUAUCACGACUGAAACUGCCACUGCCGCGGUCUCCACUACGGAAACAAGCACCGCUGAAACCACUGUCACAUCCGGUACAAUCUCAGAGUCUGUCGAUCUUCCAACCACAGUUGAGGCGACAACUGCAGCUCCCUCAAACACUGCCGUCCCAUUAUUUCGUGUCACUGCUCAAAGCGGCCCAACCGGUGGUCAAACUCUCCUAGCCGACAGAAAUGGAUACUCCGUUCUUCUCUACGACAACAGCGAAGGCGAAUUCAGCGACGCUUUCUUCGCCGUCGACCCUGUCACGAAUUACCUCAUGCUCGACAACAAGCAGCCGAUUUGCGGCUACUUUGGAGACAACAAUGGGCUCGCCUACUGGGUGCGAUGCGACACUAGUCCAACUAUUGAGCAGGCUAAACUCACAUGCGAAAUCCCUACCUCUACUGGCGAGGUGUUAGAAUGCAGAGUUCCAGAGAUAAUCUGCGACAAUGAUUGCGUUCCAACUGGGGAAACUUGGAGUUUUACGUAUACCAACACGUGGGGAUUAGGCCGUUGGUCUGCUAAUCUUGGGCCGGAAUCUCAGAAUGGGGGGUACAAGACAGCACUCAUUGUUGAGUUUCUUGAUUAA